UAUCUAUAUUUGAUCUCAAAGGACUUCAGGUGUAUAAUGGAAGACAUUAACAUAUCAGAAGACGAGGAAGGUUCCAUGUAUGACUAUGACUAUAGUCCUACUGGUUUGCCUGAUUCAUUAAACAAUGUAUCCCCCUGCACGACGGAGGCAGCUGCUAAAUUUAACAAGAUCUUCAUCCCUAUAGCCUUCUCAUUGGUGUUUUUGCUGGGUCUGAUUGGAAAUGGGCUGGUACUUCAUGUCUUGAUGAGCAGACGCUGCAGUUGGCACUUGGCAGACUAUUAUUUGUUCCAGUUGGCAGUUUCAGACCUACUUCUUGGUUUCACUCUACCCUUCUGGGCAUCUCAAUUCAACCAUGGAUGGAUCUUCGGCCGCAUUCCAUGUAAAAUAUUGGGAGCACUUUUUACUAUGAAUAUGUACAGUGGUAUCUUCUUUCUAGCUUGUAUCAGCAUAAAUCGAUAUUUGUCUAUUGUGCAUGCGAUAGAAUUUCAUAAAAAACAGAGGCCAAUACAUACUUUAAUAAUCAGCAUUUCUGUUUGGGGCCUCUCAGGUAUUUUAUCUUGGCAAGAGUUUUACUUCCGAGAUGUACAAUAUAUUUCCCAAUUUGAGAAAUAUGCUUGUCUUUAUAAUUUUGAUGCACAAAAAGCAGAUACGUGGAGAGUUAAACUCUGCCUUAUAAACUUAAUUAUGGGUUUUUUGAUUCCUCUGAUCCUAAUGUUUUACUUGUACUCCAAGAUAUUUUACACCCUUCUCCAUUCCAGGCUCAACUACUCUUACAGGUCUCAGGUUGUUAUUGUGGUUGUUCUGCUUGCUUUCGUGUUGUGCUGGGCACCAUACAACAUUCUGAAACUCAUUGAUAGUUUUCAAAGACUGGGUAUUAUCAAACGAGCCUGUGAAAUGGAGAAGAUGCUGGAUAUUGGAUCUACAAUUGCUGAGAGCUUGGGACUUGCUCAUGUGUGUUUCAAUCCUAUAAUAUAUGCUUUUGUUGGAGUAAAGUUCAGAGAAAAACUUUCUGAAAUACUUAAACGAGGAACAAGAGAGAGCACACAAAACAGGUUAAGUUCUGUGUUCAGUGAAUCUAAUCAUUCAUAUUCCAGAAUCAUAUGAUUUAACUAUUGAGCAGGUGUUUGGAAUUCAACAAUUAACAUACCAGUUUAUACCCAUUUAUGAUGAAGUCAAAGUUUAGAUAAGAAUUUCCUAAAAUAUUUAAACAAAGUUUAAAAGAGAGUUUGCAGUUUGGAUUAUUGUAAGCCGGGCUAAAGGCCUGAUUCUCUAAAGCUCUAUGCUCAGACAAGAUUAUCCAAAAAGAUUAAUUACAGUUAUAAAUUCCUUCAUGGUAUUCUCUAAAGGUAAAGUAAGGCAUAAUUUACAUUUAUAUAUAUGAAGAAGAGACAUAUACCUACAAUAUAGUACUAAAUAAAAUAAUCACUUUAAAAAUGUGCAGAAAGUAAAAUAUAAAAGUUUUCAUUUUUAUAAUGCAAAGUAAAAAUCCUCAAAUCCCGAAUUUCAAAAUCCAAGCUUAUUCUGAAAUCUAUACCUUUUCAAAUUUUUUUUUUUUAAAUAAAACUAUCAAACAUUACUAUUUUCCCUGUAAGUCACAA